AUGGCGGCACACUCAAAACCUGGGAACAACCCUCACCUGAAGAUUGCUGCAGGUGCCAUGGUAUGUGAAGACUGUGAGCUUGUUGGUGAUAUCACUAUAGGCACAAGAACUGUCAUUCACCCGAAGGCAAAGAUUGUGGCUGAGGCUGGACCAAUCAUUAUUGGAGAUUACAAUAUCAUCGAGGAGCUUGUGACUAUACAAAAUGUAUCAUCUGGAGAGGAGAACAGUGGAAAGGUACAGAUCAUAGGCAACAAUAAUGUUUUCGAAGUUGGUGCAGUUGUUGAAGCUUUAAGGAUUGGAGACCACAAUGUCAUAGAAAGCAAAGCAAAGGUUGAGUCAAAAGUAGAGAUUGCCAAUGGGUGUAUUAUUGGUGCUGGCUGUAACCUGAACACAUGUGAGCAGUUGCCAGAGAACACAGUUGUGUAUGGCGUCAAAUGUGAGAGGAGAAUCCAGAGAGAACGACCUCCAGCACAAACUUUGCAGAUAGAUUUUCUGACCAAGAUUUUACCAAACUAUCACUAUCUCAUGAAGCCUAACCUUCAGCCAAGACCCCCUGCUGCAGCAGUCAAGAAAUAG